AGCAGCCCCCUAACAAGGCGUUCUUGGCAGCAGCCGCUCCACUCCAGACGCUUCAAGGCGACGCAGUCAAUCAAACCUCGUUCCCUUUAUCUGUCUCACUCGGCGACCAAGCGGACGUUGAAGGGAGAGGCGCGACUGAGAACCCACACCCUUAAGGCUUCCUGCAGAGGCGUGGUUCCCACGUGCGCCUGUUGCGCCUCUUAUCGCAGGUUAGAAGCCAUUGCAGCCAUGACAUCGAAGAUGAGCUGGCAUCUGGCGUCAAGCGGUGUCCUUGAACUCGCAUCCAGCUUUCUCAAAGGCGCUGCAUUGAUUCUCGUCAGUACUCUUCUAUUCGUUGGAGUCAUCGCCUGGAUUGCCCGAUUGAUAAAAUGGAAAACAUUCAAGCACCUCCAACACUUGCCACACCGUAAAGAACAGGUGCCUUUUCAAGGCUUGUGGAUCCUUUUCAAGUCCUGCUCACCGCCCGACUCGCCUAUCAGGUUUAGCACAAUGCUUUUUGCCGGAAUUUGUGGAUUACAUGCGCGAUUCCAGAGGUAUGGCAGGCACCUUGUCUACAUAGGAUUCACCCCUCUGCUCACCGUGUACAAAGCCGAGUAUUUAGAGGAAAUACUUUCAAACAACAAACUUUUGUCAAAGGGCCGUCAAUAUAAACUUCUCCACAGUUGGCUUGGAACUGGCUUGCUCACGAGUACAGGAGACAAGUGGCGCUCCCGGAGGCGGCUAUUCACACCCGCAUUUCAUUUUAAGAUACUGGAGGACUUCUCAUCCACAAUUAAUGCCCAGUCCUUCAUUCUCUGCAAUAAACUGACAAAGCUUUCGAAGUAUGGAGCAAACUUUGACGUCGUUCCCGCGGUCACCCUUUGCACUUUGGACAUCAUUUGUGAAACCAUUAUGGGAUCAUCCAUAUCAGCUCAGAGCAAUGAGAAAAGUCCAUAUGUUACUGCUGUUAACAGGCUUGGUGAGCUAUUUUUGGAGAGAUCAAUGAGGCCUUUAUGGCGACCUGACUUUAUAUACAAGCUUACAGCUGCUGGACGGGAGUACUACCGAUGUAUUAAUGUGCUGCACUCGUUCACACGAAAGGUCAUUUCAGAGAGAAAAAUGGAGUUGGAAGCUGAAGUCAACAAAGGCACCCUAAGGCUCGACAGCUCUAGCGAGUCUGAAGCUAGGGCCAACAGGAGAAGACCUUUUUUGGAUCUUCUCAUUGUCGAACAUCUCAAGAACAACAAAUACAUCACUGAAGAAGAUAUCCGAGAAGAAGUGGACACCUUUAUGUUUGAGGGUCACGAUACAACAGCGGUGGGGAUAAGCUGGGCACUUUUCCUUAUAGGCCAUCAUCCAGAGGAACAACACAAGAUUCACGAGGAACUGGAUUUUAUCUUUGGUGACGACAGAGAGCGUUAUGUAUGUUUUGAAGAUCUGAAGCAGAUGAAGUACCUCGAGUGCGCUCUCAAGGAAGCUCAGCGUAUUUACCCGUCUGUGCCACUAAUAGCUAGGACAUGCGAAGAACCAUUCAAAAUAGAUGGAGCCAUCCUUCCUACCGGAACAGUAGUGCAAAUGUCAGCCUAUUUCUUACACCGGAAUCCUGAAGUUUUUCCUAAGCCGGAAGAAUUCCACCCGGAGAGGUUCUUCCCGGAAAACUUGAAAGGAAGGCACCCGUUCGCUUAUCUUCCAUUUUCAGCGGGACCCCGGAACUGCAUCGGACAAAGAUUUGCACUCGCUGAAGAAAAGAUUGUCAUUGCCAACAUCCUGCGACACUUCACAAUCAAGUCACUGGAUCAGCGUGACCAAGUCGAGCUUGUCAGUGAAAUGGUGCUCAGACCUAGAAGUGGCCUCCGAAUUCAGUUCACUCCUCGCUAGUAACUUCACUGAUAGGCAGAAACCUGAAGCCUGAUUUCGUAUCCUACCAAGAUAAGCUCAUGUGUUCUGAAAUGUUUGCACAGCGUCAAAACAGGGAUGGCAAGAAAAGCGACAAUUAUCGCCUCCACCCCCCCCCCCCCCGGUCCCGUACCCGUCCUGACGCGCUGCAAAGCGUGCGUAAUGAGCACCGCCGACUACCCCAGCACUCGACUAUGCAUGUGUUGUGGUAUCUGCGACUACUAAAUAUAUAUUUUCUCACAAUCUGA